UUGACGAAAAAUUAAACGUAAAUAAUAAAAGACACGUAAAGGCGAUCGAAGUGAUUUAAUAACAUUUUUCUGCAGAAGACACAAUGAUUUAGAGAUAACAUACCGAUCGAAGGAGGAUCCACAAAAAGUGCAAUUGUUAAAUUAACUGCGACGACGACGUUCAGAUUUAAGGGAAAAAAUGAAGAGAAAUAGAUUACUGAUCGGUUCCUUUUUGGCCGUCUGCGUGCCGAUGAUUGUCGGACAUGAUUUGAAGGGUUUCGAUGAUACGAUUUUGUUCAAUUUAAAUUGGCCGGGUAAAGGCGACGAUUUAGCGAUGGAAGAGCCUAUAGGUGAAGAACCAUUAAUCGUGACAUCGCACAAUAAAGAGAAGUACAAAUGUUUCAUACCCAAUUUGAGCGAAGCUCCGAGCGAACCUCAAAGUCCGUACACUGGUCCAGGUCCUCUUGAUCUCAUAUCAACAUUGUUCAGCUCAUCGUCUUGCUCAUAUCGCAUCGAAAGCUACUGGACAUACGAGGUAUGCCACGGAAAUUACAUCAAACAGUUCCACGAAGAACGGGAAGGCAAAACGUCCAAACGACAAGAAUAUUUCCUCGGCAAAUGGGAUAAACAGAAGACUGAAAAGCUACGCGAAAGUUUAGCCCAUGCCGAAAGAGAUGGUGAAAAACUGAGAUACAAAAAAAUCGAUGGUCUGUCACUGCCCUACUUGGAAUUCGAAAUGACCGACGGAACAUUGUGCGAUUUGAUCAACAAUCAGCCGAGAAUCACGAAAGUUCUUUACGUAUGCUAUGCACCCGGUAAAAAUGAAAUAUAUUCGCUGAAGGAAGUGUCGACAUGCAACUACGAAGUGAUCAUUCUAACGCCAACACUGUGCGCUCAUCCCAGUUUUAAGCCCACAGUCACCGCUGAGAAUAACAUCAAUUGCGUUCCGUUGGACGAUUCGCCGAAUAUGCCGAAAAGUUUGUUGUCCAUGGAACUGGAAUCGUUGAAGGCUCAGUAUCAAAAGUUGUCGGAAGUGUCCAAGAGCAUUAAGAAUUUUGCUAUUUACAAAAUUGAUCCUAAGGACGGAACGCUUCGUAUGGAAAUGCUGCAAGGCGAUAAAUUCCCAUCGGAAAUUUCACAAUCCAAUUUGGAGGAAUUCUUGUCAAAGGAACCGAAAUUUCCCAAAAUAACAACCAAAAUUCACGACACUACUCCCGUUCAAGAUUUUCUCAGCGGCAAGAAUUGCCUCACUGGUGGAACUGGAUGGUGGAAAUACGAAUUCUGCUACGGGCGAUACGUUCGUCAAUUUCACAUUGAUAAAAACGGUGAAACAUCGAUCGUUCUAGGCUUCUUCGACGAAGCAUUGCACAAAAAGUGGCUGGACGAAAAUGAAUCGAAGAAACCGAAACCUACGCGCACACAUCUGUCCCAUUUCUAUCAAGGCGGUAAUUUGUGUGAGAAAACUGGUCAAAAGCGGCAAACCGAAGUUAAAUUGAAAUGCAUGGACGGAACUAGUAGUCCCACAGCUGUUUCGUUGUAUUUGAUGGAACCGCAAACGUGUCAGUAUGUGCUCGGCGUGGAGUCUCCGUUGAUCUGUGAUAUUUUGGAAAAGGCCGAUGAAUACGGAUUAAUGCCAAAGCAAGACGGUGAUGUUGUUUCGGAUGCAAGCACCGGGGAGGGUGUAUUCUUGGGCAAUGCUGUUAUUGAGGAUAUAGAAGUUCGAUUUGAAAAUGAUUAAAAGGCUAAAUUUUGGA